CGUGACGGAAAUAGAAUGACGUCACCCCUGCCAACCGAGCCAUCAUAAAUACAGAAGGUCGCGGUGAUAGACCGAGAACUGUCGUUUCCGUCCUUUCCAACGGUCACACGACAUCCAGCCAUCUGAGGUCAGAUCUAGCUCCCGAACCAACACACCAGCAAACACCAUGAGGGAAGUGAUCAACAUACAUUUGGGCCAAGGCGGCGUCCAAAUCGGCAACGCCUGCUGGGAAUUGUUCUGCCUCGAGCACGGUAUACAGCCCGACGGGCAGAUGCCCUCCGAUAAGACGAUUGGCGGUGGGGACGAUUCGUUCAACACCUUCUUCAGCGAGACGGGCGCGGGGAAGCACGUGCCGCGGGUCGUCAUGCUUGACCUGGAGCCCACGGUGAUAGACGAGGUGAGAACAGGAACAUACCGACAGCUCUUCCACCCCGAGCAGCUCAUAUCAGCCAAAGAGGACGCCGCUAACAACUACGCAAGAGGCCACUACACAGUCGGGAAAGAAGUUGUCGAUCUUGUCUUGGACAGAAUCCGGAAGCUGGCGGACAUGUGCACGGGCCUCCAAGGAUUUUUCGUAUAUCACAGUUUUGGCGGCGGCACCGGCUCCGGCUUCACCUCCCUCCUUAUGGAACGGCUCUCCGUCGACUACGGCAAGAAAUCCAAACUUGAGUUCGCCAUCUACCCCGCCCCUCAGAUCUCCACAGCCAUCGUGGAGCCGUACAACUCCAUCUUGGUCACACACACCACACUGGAGCACUCGGACUGCGCGUUCAUCUUCGACAACGAAGCCAUGUAUGACGUGUGCAGGCGCAACCUUGACAUUGAACGCCCGACGUACACGAAUCUGAACCGUAUCCUGGCCCAGGCCGUGUCGUCCAUCACGGCACCGCUCAGAUUUGACGGGGCGUUAAACGUGGACUUGAUAGAGUUCCAGACCAACUUGGUGCCAUACCCCCGAAUCCAUUUCCCAGCUAUCAUCCACUCUCCUUUGAUCUCAGCCGAGAAAGCGUACCACGAACAGUUGACUGUCGCGGAGAUAACCAACGCGUGUUUCGAACCAGCGAACCAGCUGGUCAAAUGCGACCCUCGCCACGGCAAGUACAUGUCCUGCUGUCUACUGUACAGAGGGGACGUCGUGCCCAAAGACGUCAACGCUGCCAUCGCCACCAUCAAGACCAAACGUACCAUACAAUUCGUAGACUGGUGCCCGACGGGUUUUAAAGUAGGCAUCAACUACCAGCCUCCGACGGUCGUGCCCGGGGGUGACCUGGCCAAAGUUCAACGUGCCGUCUGUAUGUUAGCCAGCACCACUGCCAUCGCUGAGGCAUUUGCUCGACUGGACCACAAGUUUGAUUUGCUGUAUGCCAAGAGAGCGUUCGUGCAUUGGUAUGUAGGAGAGGGAAUGGAGGAGGGAGAAUUCGGCGAGGCGAGAGAAGAUCUGGCGGCUCUGGAGAAAGACUACGAGGAGGUCGGACUCGACUCCGUAGCCGGAGAGGAGGAGGGAGGAGAGGAAGAAUUCUAAGUCCCCCACACUCCCCCUCCCCUAGGGUCUUUUGCUGGAACUGGACGCUCCAUAAUCGGUUGGUCAAUACCCAUGUUUUUUUUUUCACCCCUACUGGCGUUCGUAACAUCUGACCAUCAACGCCAAGACGUUUUUGUCCAUUUUUUGCCGGAUACUGAAAGAUGUCGAACCUACCCACACGAUUGCCGGUUGGUUUGAAAUAUAACGACGGCAGCUACGUGAAAAAUUAUCAACGGGAUUCAACGUUACUCUCGGCAUCUUUCAACGUCGGCGACACAUGCGGUAACCGGACAUUACUUCAUCGGAUGAACUGUUUACCUCAUCGUAUGAACUAUGUUUUACAUCAUCGGAUGAACUGUGUUCACAUAAUGGACGCGACGGGGCUAAUCCCAACAGGGGCAGCGACCUGACUAAAGAAUAACGGACACGGUUGAGAAUAAAAAAACAAGGUGCCUUAACCAGAUUGGCUGUGAAGCGUUCACUAAAGCAAUGAAGACCUGAACUUUACCCAGAUAAGGACUUCAACUUACCCUCUUAGGGAGACCUCGAUCAACCCUUAUGAAACAAAGACCUCAAUUAACCUUUAUAAGACCUUAAUUAUACCUUUAUAAGACCUUAAUUAUACCUUUAGGAAAACACCACAUUACCUUUUAUAGAAAAGACCUAGAUUAUCCACAACAAGAACAAAAAACAGACUCUCAUACAUUGACACAUCAAUUUACAAUCAACAUACCGUCAUCGUGUAUGACGUAACUACAUCACAUAUAACAUAUAUGCAACAUGACACAAAUACAAUACAAAGCUGCAUCACAAAACAUGUUCAACAUUCUACACCGUAGACUCUAUGAUGGAUGCCUAAUAGAUCCAGUUUGAAUGUAGAUUGUAGCGAAAGGAACACAUUUACAAUUGGACAUGGAGUGUACACAUUGUAUAUUGUAAUGAAAGGAACAAAUAAAAGAAAACACAACAGACA